CGUUUGACUUUUGCUUUGGCAAGUUCUCUCAGUAUUAAAAAUAAUAUUAUGUAUACGUUACUGGUGUUUAUUAUUUGCCUUAGAAUAAUCCACAGUGCGGAAUUACCUAAAAAUAUAAACAAGUGUCAUUUUGGAGAUGAGGAGUGCAUCAAAGGAAGCAUCAACCAGCUUAUAAAGAGCUAUCCUAAGGGAAUUCCCAGUUUGAAUAUCAAACCAUUUGAUGAUUUUCGACCGAGUGAUCUGCAGCUAUGGGAUUCUCCUCGGGUUGGAGGAUCCUUUUUAAAAUUUAGACUUGUAAAUCAAAUGAUCAGUGGCUGUCAGAAUGCAACUGUCACCCGUGUAAGUGGCUUCGAUGAGGACCCCAACAGGAAUAAAAUAGAAAUCGAGCUGCGUAUACCCAGACUGAUCCAUAGAUCUACAUAUCAGAUGCAGCUGCGUUGGCUAUCGAUGGUUCAGUCAAACACUUCUGGACCCUGCUAUGCCGAAUUCCAGAAUGUCACGCUAACACUCAACUUGAAGGUGAUUGUAAAGUUUCAGAAGGAGAAGCGCUACCUGAAGAUCUAUGAGCUCAUGCCACAACUGGAAUUAGGACGGUUUGUUCUUAGAUUGGAUGAUCUUUAUAAGGAAAACUUGGAUCUUACAUUGGCCGUUAAUCGUGCGUACAAUGAAAACUGGAUAGAGCUUUGGAAUGAUAUAGAACACAAUGUGUUGGCCAGUUAUAGUCAGGAGGGAGCUCAACUGUAGGAUAAGAUAUUCGCGAGUAUCUCAUAUGACGAUAUGUUCUUGAAGAACUCAGUAGUAAAGUAUUGAGCAUGUUAAUAAACCAGUUAGAUUUGUAAUUGCAA